AUGCCCAGCAACAAGGAGCCCCCGGAAACCAUCUUCGUCAGCGCCGACAGGCAUGGCCAGUGCAGGACCCACGAUCCGCGGUGCAUCCAGAUCAACAACCAGGCCUGUACCUGGUGCAAGGCAAAGAAGACCAAGUGCAAUAUCCCGAAGUCCCACAACGCAACGCGACCCCAGUCCAAUGCCACCGCCACUUGCUACUGCCUCGGGUCUACACCAUCCAAGAAGGCGAUGCCAGCAAAACCUUCCGGCACCAGUACCUCAGCAAGUGCGGUUGCUGGCCCCUCCAGAAGCGUGAUGUACCGUCCACCCCGUGAACCUCCCAAGAAGCGCGAGUACAUCAAACUUGAUUCUGAUGUCGAAUGGGUUCCAAAAACUCCGGCAUCAGACAGCGGAGACAAGGACGCAGAUGGAGAGACAGACUGGGAGGAGGAAGACAGAGAGCAGCUGGAGGAGGCCAACGCCAUCGACCAAGUGCAGCUUGAUGCAGCUGAAGCAGCAGAGGUCGAUGCCCAGCUGCUGGCAUUGGCCAGGCUGACUGACGCCCUUGCUCGCCACUAG